AGCGCGGUCAGUACAAUCAUGUUUAACUGGAUUAGAUAGAUUCCCCUCCAACACCAGAAAGGCGAGGAAACUCGUUUUUGAAAACCACCUUUUCCAGCCUGUUCCGAAUCCCGGUUAUCACUGCUGGUCAGAAGUGAAAAGACAGCAGACAGGAAAGGGUCUGAGAUGUGGAUAAAUAGAAGAGACCCCACUCUGGAGAAACCAAAAGCAAAUGAAAAGGAAUAUUGUCAGAAUGGUGUGGAGCAGUGCUGAGGGGUGCUUUGCCUUGCUUCUGCUUCUCAUGUUCACAAGAGUACAAGAGGGUCAGGCCAUAACAACUGGUAACACCGUAGACAUCUGUACCACUUGUCAUGCCAAUGCUACGUGUGACAAGAAGACAGAUGGCAGUGGUGGGAUGGUCUGCAACUGCAAGUAUGGGUUUCUAGGAAAUGGGAGGACACAGUGCCAUGACAAAGACGAGUGCCAGAUUGGUGCCACCGACAUCUGUGGUGAACACACAGCCUGCUAUAACACAUAUGGGAGCUUCUACUGCACCUGUCUGGAUGGGUACAGCCCCUCCAACAGAAUGGCCUCGUUCAUUCCAAAUGACGGAACCUACUGCGAUGAUAUUGAUGAAUGUCAGGUCAGUGGUAUAUGUAGAGAAGGAGGGCUGUGCAAAAAUCUCCCUGGAGCUUUUAACUGUACCUGCGCUGAAGGAUACACAGUAACAAAUGCAAGUGAACCAUUCAAUCCUGUCAAGUAUGCAGCUUUUUGCAAAGCUGUGGAUUGUGGUCCCCCUCCUAUCAUUCCGCAUGCUUACCUGCUUUCAGAAACUGGAACAAGCUAUGGGAAUGUAGUUAAAUACAGUUGCUUCCAACGGUAUGUCUUGAAAAGUGGAAAUGACACAACCGUAUGUAACGCAGGGGGAGAAUGGGAAGAGCCCAGUUUGGUGUGUGAAGCCAUAACAACUGGUAACACCGUAGACAUCUGUACCACUUGUCAUGUCAAUGCUACGUGUGACAAGAAGACAGAUGGCAGUGGUGGGAUGGUCUGCAACUGCAAGUAUGGGUUUCUAGGAAAUGGGAGGACACAGUGCCAUGACAAAGACGAGUGCCAGAUUGGUGCCACCAACAUCUGUGGUGAACACACAGCCUGCUAUAACACAUACGGAAGCUUCUACUGCACCUGUCUGGAUGGGUACAGCCCCUCCAACAGAAUGGCCUCGUUCAUUCCAAAUGACGGAACCUACUGCGAUGAUAUUGAUGAAUGUCAGGUCAGUGGUAUAUGUAGAGAAGGAGGGCUGUGCAAAAAUCUCCCUGGAGCUUUUAACUGUACCUGCGCUGAAGGAUACACAGUAACAAAUGCAAGUGAACCAUUCAAUCCUGUCAAGGAUGCAGCUUUUUGCAAAGCUGUGGAUUGUGGUCCCCCUCCUAUCAUUCCGCAUGCUUACCUGCUUUCAGAAACUGGAACAAGCUAUGGGAAUGUGGUUAAAUACAGUUGCUUCCAAGGGUAUGUCUUGAAAAGUGGAAAUGACACAACCGUAUGUAACGCAGGGGGAGAAUGGGAAGAGCCCAGUUUGGUGUGUGAAGAUAUUGAUGAAUGUCAAGUCAGAGGUAUAUGUGGAGAAGGAGGGCUGUGCAAAAAUCUACCUGGAGAUUUUAACUGUACCUGCGCUGAAGGAUACACAGUAACAAAUGCAAGUGAACCAUUCAAUCCUGUCAAGGAUGCAGCUUUUUGCAAAGAGAUUGACUGCGGUCAGCCCCCCAUGCUGCCACACACUGCUAUGCUGUGGAACAGCAGUGCAGGACUGGGCAGUGUGGUGCAUUAUAACUGUAAAGAAGGAUUUUACAGAGCUGGAGGAAGGAAUUUCUCGGUUUGCACUAAAAGCGGUUAUUGGGAAAAUGCCUCUUUACUUUGUAAAGAGAUUGACUGCGGUCAGCCCCCCAUGCUGCCACACACCGCUAUGCUGUGGAACAGCAGUGCAGGACUGGGCAGCGUGGUGUAUUAUAACUGUAAAGAAGGAUUUUACAGAGCUGGAGGAAGGAAUUAUUCGGUUUGCACUAUAAACGGUUACUGGGAAAAUGCCUCUUUACUUUGUAAAGAGAUUGACUGCGGUCAGCCCCCCAUGCUGCCACACACCGCUAUGCUGUGGAACAGCAGUGCAGGACUGGGCAGCGUGGUGUAUUAUAACUGUAAAGAAGGAUUUUACAGAGCUGGAGGAAGGAAUUUCUCGGUUUGCACUAAAAGCGGUUAUUGGGAAAAUGCCUCUUUACUUUGUAAAGAGAUUGACUGCGGUCAGCCCCCCAUGCUGCCACACACCGCUAUGCUGUGGAACAGCAGUGCAGGACUGGGCAGCGUGGUGUAUUAUAACUGUAAAGAAGGAUUUUACAGAGCUGGAGGAAGGAAUUAUUCGGUUUGCACUAUAAACGGUUACUGGGAAAAUGCCUCUUUACUUUGUAAAGAGAUUGACUGCGGUCUGCCCCCCAUGCUGCCACACACUGCUAUGCUGUGGAACAGCAGUGCAGGACUGGGCAGCGUGGUGUAUUAUAACUGUAAAGAAGGAUUUUACAGAGCUGGAGGAAGGAAUUAUUCGGUUUGCACUAUAAACGGUUACUGGGAAAAUGCCUCUUUACUAUGUAAAGAAAUCAACUGUGGCGUGCCAGCGCUGGUACCUCAUACUGACAUUCUGUGGGACAAAACAGCACAUCUUGGGAGUGUGGUUUAUUUCAAAUGUAAAGAAGGAUUUUUUGUAGAGAGAGGAAAAAAUCGCUCUGUUUGUACAGCCAACGGAUUCUGGGAGACUGUUACUCUAACUUGUAAAGAAAUCAACUGUGGAAUACCACCGCCUGUACAAUAUACUGAUAUGCUCUGGGACAACACCUCACAGCUGGGGAGUGUGGUUUACUAUAAAUGCAAGGAAGGAUUUUACACAGAGGAAGGAAAAAACUACUCUGUUUGUACAGCAAACAGGCGAUGGGAAAAUAUUACUCUAAAAUGCAAAGAACUGGACUGUGGUUCUCCACCAGUACUAGCCUACACAGAGAUGCUGCAGCCCAACACAACAAGCCCAGGGAGUGUGGUUUAUUACCAGUGUAUAGACGGCUUCACCAGCAAGGGAGGAAGAAAUGUUUCUGUCUGUACAAAGAGAGGAGAAUGGGAUGCUGCUACAUUAAUAUGCAAAGAAAUCCCUGCCAUCAGCGAACUUAGUUUUAAAGAAGGAUGUUUAAAAUGGAGAGCACACAGAGAUGACAGACUAAAGGAAACAUACAAUUUUAAAUUGGAUGGGCUCAGGGGCUAUCAGAAGGACUUCCUGGAUAAAAGGAUAAUCAACUUUACCUCAGGAGACGACACUCCAGAAAUCUGCUUGAACCUGCAGCCGGGGACAAACUAUACCAUCAACAUUACUGCACUGUCAGUAGGGUAUUCGAUACGGGCCAUCAUCACUACAAGCAUUACGGAUCCUCCGGUACCACAAGUUGCAUUCAUAGUUGCAGAAGGCCCAUUGCCUCCUCUAAGACUCCUAAGAGCAGCAGAAACUAAUGGCCCGAUAAGUCUUUAUCAGGUGGUUGUCUUACCAAUGGAUGGGCCCCUUGUGUUCAACUGCAGCUCUCUCAAUAUGCCAAACUUCUACAGUAAGAAGGGGGGAGGGGGAGCAUAUGUGACGGCAGAGCUCUAUGCAGAGGAUAUAGCAGACGAGCUGGUCUUCAAUGUCGGAGACCGCCAAUACUACGGGGACUACUACAAUGCUCCUUUAGAGGAGGGGAGGGGCUACAACGUCAUAUUGAGAGUGGUUAGCGAAUGGUGCCAGGUGAGGAAACAGUCCUGUGUCAAUUGGGCUCAGACAAAAGGGUUAUCACACACCAUACAGCAUGUGACUAUUUUGGCUGGAGGAUCAGUGGGAGUGAUAGGAUUUAUUUUAUUCCUGGGUUUUUCCAUUGUUUGGUGCUGCAAGAAGAGACAAGACACGUGAUCAAAUGGCUGACAACAUCCUACAGUACCACUUCUCACUGUGAUUACAACUCUUUCAUAUUGAUGAACAAACUGUUCCCAGAUUCAGACAUGUAGACCAUGGAAAUGCUUCAAGUAUUCAAUUCAAAGAAGUUGAUUUGCAGCUGCUCUGAUUAAAGCCAAUUUAGUGCUUAGCUUGUUUUUAGGAGUGCUUUAAUGGUCAACUUAGGGGUUGUGGGUGUAAUCCAAUCAACGUUUUAAUUGGAUUUAGAUAUUUAUAGAAAAUGCCUCUAUUUGCUUAUAUCGUGGUUUGAUGAAAAUCACCACCACUACCAACAACUAAUGCCAGACAGUUUUCUAGCACACAAUGAUUCCAGGGGAGUUCUAAAGAGGAGUCUUAGUGUGCUGUAUUAGUUGGCUCUGAAUCUCUAAGGCCAUUUUUUAUAUUGAAUUUGAUACCUAGAUAACAAUCACCUAUUGGGAAAUGUGUAGGGGUACCUCAUAUUUUACAUCAAAUCCAAUUUGGGGUGCCUGGCAGCCAUCUUGUGAAUUUUCCCAUUACCACGAUUGCCCCUUAGUCAAUGGAUUCCCCCUUAGUCAAUUAUUACCCUUUGUACCGUGUAACAGUUUGUUGAGUCGAGUUUGGAACGAAUCCGCUCAGAAAUGUAUAUCCAGUGACCCUUUUUUUACAUAAAUAAAUAAAUAAAUAAAUAUAAUAAAAGUAGGUGAUUAUUUUGUACAUG